AUUUUUGAUGGCCUCUAGGUUUCCCUGCAUGUCUGUGAUUUUGUCUCCUGAGUGCUGACAGCACUUGAUGUGAAUUUUCCAAGAAAAAAUUUGACAAAGCAGUUAUUUCUUUGGACUUACCAAGAGGCACCCUUGAUCUCUGCAUUGUGCAAUAUAUUCACAUUGUUCCCUAUUGCACCAGCUAAAGGCAUAAGGCUAAAGUCAGCAUUUUGAAGGUGCUCUUUCUGCUUUGCAAAUCUGUAUUAUUUGACUGUGAUUGAAGUGCUGAAAGUGUCAUCUGUGAUCUAUAUCAAUCUUGCCACAUUGAAACACACUAUUAUAAAAUGACUUUUCAUCAUGCCUGAUCUACAAGUUCUGUGAGAAAUUGUGUACAGUCUCUGCCUUUUAAUGUGGUCUAUCUGAGGGCAUGACAUAGAAAUCCCAUCAUGGCAGCUGUUUGGGUGAGAUUUUCACAGUUGCUGAAUCAGCGUCCGCUUGACCCACUGCAGAUGGACCCAAGCAUCCCUGCCUUUGCAGGUCUCCUUCCCCAUCAGCUCCUGAUAGGGACACAGAAGGACUGGCUGCGAUUGAGAGGCCUUCCAUAUGAAGCCCAAGUUGGACACAUUUUGGACUUUCUGGAAGUGCAUGCCAAAAAUAUUGCCUUUCAAGGUGUCCAUCUCGUCUAUAAUUCAGAGCGGAAGCCAAGCGGGGAAGCAUUCGUGCGCAUGGUGAGUGAGCAAAGUGCAUUUGCAGCUGCCAGCGCCUUGCAUCACAAGAACAUGACUGUGGGGAAGAAAGAGCGCUACAUUGAAGUAUUCCAGUGCUCUGGGCGGGACAUGCAAGUGUGCAUCAAUGGAGGUUCAGCCGCGAGUCUUCAGUUGGCAGCUGCAGCAGCAGCUGCAGCUGCUGCAGCUGCCAUCCCCACCAGUUGUACCCCAUCCCCGCCGGCAGCUGCUCCUGCUCCACCCGCUCCCCCACCUCACCCGCCCACUUCAGGAGCCCUUCUUUCCCCUGGUAUGUUGUCUGCAUUUCCGUUUUCGCAUUUGCCCGCUGCUGCCACGGUUCCGAAUUCAGCUGCAAUGGCUGCCGCAGCUGCUGCUUAUGGGUUGUCUUUGCUUGGGUUCCCGUCGGUUGGGUAUCUGCCCCAACCGACUGUGGCUCCCCAGGUCCUGGCUCCACCCUUUCGGCAUCCUCUCUUGCCGUUUGGGUUGCUUGCAUCACCAGCAACAGCAUCCCUGGCAACCAAUGUGCUCCCAAAACGUUCUUAUGACCAGGCUUUUGCCGGUUCUCCGUAUCAGCAGCCAGAGGCCAAACGGGCCCUGAUGUUACAUCCUGUCGACAUGAAGCAUGAGACUAUGGGCACCAAAGAAAAUUAUGCUCAGUAAAUGGGGUUGUUGGAGGGUGCGCAUGAUGGGAGUGGCACCUGUCCUUCCAUGUCUGUGAUGUCUUUGCAAUACAUUCCCGAAUUCACCUGGGUUCUGUCAGAGGUUUCUGUUAUUUCUUUUCUUUUUUUCUUUCUGGGGUUACCUAUUUUGCUCCUCAUCAUGUGCUCAAACCAUUCCCACCCAUAUAUUUUGGUACUGAAGUGAAUUUAUUGUUAUGCUUGCAAGUCUGUCUGCAAUAUUCCAGUCUCUGGAUUCAGAAACCAUUGUGCUGAAGACCAACGGCUGGCAUGCAGCAUUGUAUCAGUAAGAGACUGCUUUUGGGAAUUCAGACUUGCAUGCUGUGAUCUGGUCAUCGAAGUGUGUAUGAAUGAGUGCAACUGGAAGUCAUUCUCAUCCCUCUUUCUGCAAGUCAGGGAUUCCUUCCACUCCCCAUAUCCUUGGCUUUACACAGACAAUUGGACAUUCCAGUAGAGAUAAUUGAUCAUCUUUUUGUUCCCUUGUACAGGAAUUUUUUUUACAGUCUGCACAUGGUGUAGGUGCCAAGCAUUUCCCAUGACCAUGUUUCAAUUGCAUAGAAAUGUGGCAGAAGGUCUUAACAGGGUGUGCCAAAUCUCAUUUCAUGCAUAGGAGUUUACCUAUGGUUUUUCUUAGAUACAUAUGACCUCUCUUGCUUUUAUGAGUUCAGAUAGACUGGAUUUAGUUGUAAUGGUGGUUCAUUCUGUAAAAUUGUGUAUCUUGCUCCAUGACAGUGUGAGUGGAUCUCACCUUCAGCUGUUAUUCUUCUUGGUGUCAAUCAGUAUUUACCAUGCAGUACACCACCACCCACCUAUAUUCUGUCACUUGAUAUCUAUUUCUGCCAGACAUGUUCUGGUGCUCCACCAAAUUCACUAGAGCAAUCUAGAGCAUGUGCCUCAGCCAAAUACUGUAGUUGUAUGUAGACAACAAUAAUUAUAUACAGUAUGUGUACCACAGAUUACCUGUAAUUGGAAGCAUAUUGGUUUCCUUCUUUUGCAGACAAUCAUACCAAGGGGGCCUUCAUAUAUUUAAAAUUAGCUUGGAAUCCUAGUUUUGAGUGUAGCCUUUUGAGUGUGAUAUGAAAUAACAGGUGCUGAGGGAAUCAAGGCAAGAGGCAUUAUUUACUAUCUUGUUGUUUUUAAGAUAUCUAAAGGGAAUUCUUUUUGAAGCCUCUUGAUCUGUGCCCUCAUCCCCUUAGAUUUCUUGUCUUGGAGGUGCUCAAUUUAUUCAGAUGCAGUCCACACUCUAUUGCAGCAAGCUAAGUUUGAAAAUUGUUUGCACAUUGUUAUUGCAGUAGCCAUUUCUCCCCAUUCAACAUUCCAAAAAUAUUUCCAUCUCAAUGAAAACAGUAUCAAUCAAUGUUGAUCCUGUCAAAUUUAUUGGCCUCGAAUUGAAUUUUGUCCUUGUGAUAGGGUGAGAGCACCCUCGUGCCAAUGCGAUUCCCGCCAGUUGUGUUCGCUGUAAAGUCCUUGUGAUAUGUUGAGUAUGUGCCUUUCAGAGAAAAGAACAGAUACCAGCAUUUCCUUUUUCGAUCUCCAGUUACUUGUCGUAUUCCUUGUUCUAGUAUUGAAGACAUGUUCCUCUGUGACUUGUAAGCUGUAAAGUUUGUGAUAUAAAUUUGAGUGCAUGCCUUUGUGGGGCGAAAAAAGGCCAGUAUUUCUCUUUUUGAUCUCUGAAUGCUUGUCAAAUUUCCUGUGUGCUCAUUUAUAUUAUGUUUUUGCGAAUUCAAAGCUAUAAAAGUCAUGAGCAUGCGAAAGAAGGGGCCAGUAUUCCUUCAAGCCCUCUGGGUAUAGACCAAGAAUUGAUUCCAUUUGCUGAAUCGAGAGUCUAACUUUCUUUUAGAGUGCCUUAUAUUCAGAAGACUAUUCAGAGAGGUGUACAAUGUUGGUGAUCAUGUCACCAUCAUUCUUGUUCUUUCAGUCAGGGUUUUCUUUUUGUGCUGUCAGUUCCUUUUUUUUGGUCUUGUCAGGGUUUCCUUUUCCCUUUUUGGGGUUUGUUUUCUUUGCUUUUCCUCCUUGGGAAUUGUUUCUGCCUCUCCCAAUAAGAAAACCUUUUUGGGGUGCAUUGUUGUCAUAGCACUGCUGUUGUACAUCAAUAUUCUAUUCAGGAAUUAUCCAAGAGAUAUCAAUAAAGCUGAGUUUUUCCUCUUGCCAUAAUUGGGUGUUUCUCCUUUCGGUGUGCUUCAUUUGUUUAUGUUCUGGGAAGCAAUUAUGAUUGGUGGGCUUUGUUUUCUGUGCGUUCGGGAACAAAUUGGUGAGAAUAUUCCCUGGGAGCACCCUCCUCGUGGGUAUCACCUGGGCACCUUUCUCAGGUGGAUUAUACGUGACGCCACUGGGAUACCUGGCACCAGGAGGGUGUGGCGGCGUAGCAGCGGGAAAUGGAGCCGGAGUGAUACCGGCAUCUGUGAUGAGUGUGCCUACCCAGGUCUUUCCCUCCCCAAACCCCUACGCAUACACCCCCAUCGUCUUCUACUCUUAAGGGGAGUGGGAGGACCCAUGUCUCAUGGAUGACACCAUACGAUGAACCGUAUUCCGAUCGCUAACUGGAGCUGCAUUAUGUCAGUGCACAAAAUAUUAAUUUUUGCAGGAAUUUUCCUCAUCUGAAAGAAAAUAUAGACUUUGAAUAAUUCUCUAUGUGCAUUCAGUUGUGCACCAGGUAAUUGCUUUCUCUUACCUGUUGUAAAUUCCUUCUUUUCCUCCAAAAACUUGCUUGAUUUUCUCUUAACUUUCUUUUGAGCAUGUGCAUUUGCAGCUUAUUUCUUCAUAGUUAAAGAAUCUCUCAGUACAUUUGACGUGAUGGAUUCUUUCAUUCUCCUUCUCUGCGGAGACCACACCCGAGUGCCUCGGAUCGCUGUACAUUACCCAACUGAUUAGAACAUGUACAUUAUCCAUUGUUUGCUUGUACAUAGACUCCGUCUUUCCCUUUCUCCUUGCUCCGUGUCAAUCUCAAGCCUGUCUUUGCUGAAGCAGCCAGGAUGUCAUCAUAUCAUAUCAUUUCAUUUUUUUGUACAAUUUUUCACAAUACCUUGAACGAGCAGUAUCGAGUGAUUUUUUUUGUUAGUAUCCGACUCACGAUCCAUUGUGUCCAUGAUAUUAUUGUGGAGUUGAGAAAAGAAAAAUUAUCGCUAUAUAUAUUGAUAUAGAUGAUAUAUGCAUUCCGUGUUCGUGUAAUUGUGAUAUGGAGUGGCCGAGCAGGAGAGCCUUCGCCAUGGACUUGACUUGAGAAGCGAAAGAAAGUCGAGGUUUGUUUCCCGGUUGUUGACCACACUAGUGCCUGUUUCCUUCGAAGGUACUGUCUUGUUCCCCUUUGCCUGGAGACAUAUCGUGAUGCGAAAUAAAAGUCUACAUUUGUUC